AUGGCGGUUAACAUAAGUCAUGCUAUUUUAACAGUAACUUUAGAUAGCAUUAGUAACAGCAGUGACGUAUUUAACACGUAUGAAUAUCUAAAUAAGGAGAUGGGUGAGAAACGUCAGGGAAUGGUAGCGGUUAUAACUCUGACUAUUGUGUACUGUGUAAUAUUUGUGACAGGAAUUGUGGGUAAUAUGUCCACAUGUCUGGUUAUUGGACGGAAUCCCUAUUUACAUACAGCCACUAACUAUUAUCUACUUAGUCUUGCUGUGUCUGAUAUGUUUACUUUACUCCUAGGCCUUCCCCCGGAACUGUACAGCGUCUGGGAAGCGUAUCCAUGGAGAUUUGGCGAGGCCUUUUGUAUCUUUAAAUCAUUCUUCUCGGAAAUGACAUCAUACGCGUCUGUGUUGACCAUCACUGCCUUUACAGGAGAACGUUAUGUCGCUAUCUGUUAUCCCAUCAAAUCACAGACCUUUUCCAACUUACGACGCGCUGUUCGUCUAAUAUUUAUCAUCUGGUUUGUGGCUUGUAUUUGUGCGCUACCUUUUCCUAUUCACACACGACUAUUCUACUACUUAAAAUAUCCAAAUACAACCCAACCUAUUUCCGAAUCCCUACAGUGUAACAUUCCGCUAGAAUGGAUAGACUACAUGAAGUCCAUGUUUCAGAUUUCAUCGUUUGUAUUUUUUGUGCUGCCAAUGGGGAUAAUUUCCAUCAUGUACAUCCUGAUCGGAUUAACUCUCAAGCGAUCCCACUUUAACAAGAACUCGGCAGAUGAUUUCUGUAAACUUGAAGCUAAAGAAGCAGCUAGAAAUGCUGUUAUUAAAAUGUUAGGUAAGUAUAGCCAGUAG